GGAUGUGGUCAGUGAGGUCUGUGGAGCCCGGGCUCGUCUGCAGGUCCGCCCGCAGCGGGCCCUGAGCUGAACCGGCAGGUUUAUUUUGCUGUCUCCUCGCCCGGUCUUGCCCGUACUCAAGAGCAUCAAUCAAACAAGUCGUGUACCUGUUAUAGCCUUCCGGAGACCGUCUGUGCUUGCUUUCGAGAGAGCUGCGCUUGAUGAGGUUAUGGGAGAGAAGGAGCCAUGUCAGAAGAAGGGGUUACUGAGACACGAUUUUCUCUCAAGACGGCAGCUUUGAGGGUGUUUCAUCUCCCCCUUUCUUGGUAUUAUUCUCUUAACCAGGUAAAGCUCUCCCCUGGGUUGAAGAAGCUCUUCACAGUCACAGCAGUGAGUGCAAUAUCAGUGAUUUUUCUGGCCCAUCACUUCAAAAGGAGACGGGGAAAGAAAAACAAGAAAGUGCCCCCAUGGGAACCAAAUCAUCUGGUGUUGGAGUGCACCAAAGCAGCUGAUUCAGAAAAAGGUUCCAGUUGUUCCAGCAGUCGACAAAACCUGACCCUUUCUCUGAGCUCUGCCAAGGAAAAAGGAUCUCAGUCUUGUAUCUAUGCAAAUGGAGGGCUUUUCAGCAAAUACUCUGGUUCAGUCCAGAGCCUGACCUCGGUUCAGAGUGCCACCUCUUGUCACAGCUGUGCUUGUGCCAAUUCUAAUUCCUGGGAUAAAGCGGAUGACGAUGACAUCAAGCUUGUCAAUAUUCCAGUGACUACACCUGAAAACUUGUAUUUGAUGGGCAUGGAGCUGUUUGAGGAGGCCCUGCGGCGCUGGGAGCAGGCGCUCACCUUCCGCAGCAGGCAGGCCGAGGAUGAGGCCAUCUGUGGCUCCAUCAAGCUGGGAGCAGGAGAUGCCAUCGCAGAGGAAAGUGUAGAAGAUAUCAUCAGCGCUGAAUUCAUUCACAAGCUGGAAUCUCUUCUCCAGAGAGCUUACCGCCUUCAGGAGGAGUUCGAGGCCACCCUGGGGGUCUCUGAUCCUGCUGCUCUAGCAAACGAUAUCGAUAAAAACACAGACGUGACGGUGAAGGAUAACGGGGAUGAUUUCUGCCUUCGGGACACGCUGAGCAUUGCAUCGACAGACUCCUUUGUCUCCACAGCUGAGCUGCCAGAGCACAGAGAGGCUCGGAACACCUUGGGGCUGGACUCCCUGUGCCACUGCCCGCUGUACGAAGAGGCCAUGCACCUGGCAGAGGAGGGCAAGAUAUACUCCCGGGUGCUGAGGACUGAAAUGUUUGAGUGCCUGGGGGACAGUGACUUCCUUGCCAAGCUCCACUGCAUUCGCCAGGCUUUUCAGAUAAUUCUUUCAGAAACAGCAAACAGAAUAUUCCUUGCUGAAAGUGGAAGAAAAAUUUUGUCUGCUUUGAUUGUGAAAGCACGAAAGAAUCCAAAGAAAUUUGAAGAUGUCUUUGAUGAAAUGAUAUAUUUUUUGGAACAAACAGAUCACUGGGAUAACACCGAAAUGGAACUUGCUGCUCGAGGAGUGAAAAAUCUGAAUUUUUAUGAUGUUGUGCUGGACUUCAUACUAAUGGAUUCAUUUGAAGAUUUAGAAAAUCCACCCAUAUCGAUACAGAAUGUAGUAAAUAACCGCUGGUUAAAUUCCUCUUUCAAGGAAACUGCUGUGGCUUCAAGCUGUUGGUCAGUCCUGAAGCAGAAGAGACAGCAAAUGAAGGUGCCUGAUGGAUUUUUUGCACAUUUCUAUGCCAUCUGUGAGCAUAUCAGCCCAGUUUUGGCGUGGGGCUUUUUGGGCCCUAGGAAUUCCCUUUAUGACUUAUGCUGCUUCUUCAAGGAUCAAGUGCUUUUCUUCCUCAAGGACAUUUUUGACUUCGAAAAGGUGAGGUACUCGAGCAUGGAGAGCCUGGCUGAGGAUCUCACCCAGCUGCUGAUCCGCCACACGGAGCUGCUGCUGGCCUACCUGGGAGCGGAUUCCCUGAGACACGUGGGGGCCUGUGUGAGUGGCCACGGCCACGUCGUGACCGGGGGGCUCUUGGAAGCCAAAGUACAGUGAUUCAUUAAAAUAAAUCCGUGGCAAAUGCCGGGGGGGUGCUCCUGUCCACCUUUCUCUCUCGUGCUGGAGCUGCCAUGGCUCUUGGUGAGCGAGCCACUGGGAAUGCAUCGUGACACCGAGUGUGGAAAAGGACUCAGGGAGGUUCAAGGUACAUCCAGGGAAAGAAAUGGGGAGCGUGUUAUUGUACAUACCUAAAUUAAUUUUGCAGCCCAGCUGUCGCUGUAUUUAUACUUCAUGUACCCCAGAGCUUUUUUCUGUAAUAUUUGGGUAAAGUUUAUUUAUGAGAUACUGUACUUUUUGCACAGAUGAUUUGUAAGUGAAGCUGCUGGAGUUGUUCCCAUUUAAAGGCUUUUACAGUACAAGGUGUUUGUUGCAGACUCUCAUUGUUAGGUGUCCAGAAGGUGUUUUGACUGGGGUAUCUGCAGUCUGGGAUUCGUGUGACACGUGCAAUAAAGCAGUCACACUCCCAGAGCUGGACAUGUUGCCCCUGCCCUGGAAUUCCAUCUGUGUGGGUGUGAGCAGCAGUUCUGUGCUGCAGUGCAGGAAAUGCAGGCACUCUGUGGGCAGGAAUCACUGCCAGUGUGCAUUUUGUACUUUGUUUUGUUGGAAAAUAUCUAAACAUCACUAAGGUGUUUAAAAAAUACUUAUUUAUAUUUAAAAAGCUAUGCUAGCUUCACCAAUUAACUCACAACGUUUCCUUGUCCUAAAGCUGUUACUACCCCACGUGGUGGUAAAUAAACCAAUGCCAUUCUCAGUCCAUAUGUAGCAUUUCAAAAUAUAUUUUUAAAUAAGUGUGUACCAUAAGAUUUUGUUAAUCAUGAAACAGAAUUGAAGGUGGUGCUUUCGAAUUUAAAGCACUUCAGUCUUCCUCCCUUCUCCGUGGGAAGUCAGGUGUCUAUUUAAGAAACUCAAAUAAUUGUUGGCCCUCUGUAUGCUGUGGAAGCCUGAACUUCAGGCAGCACAGGCAGGAGGGAACUCACAGGGGUGGUUUUUCCUGUUCCAGGGGUAACAAAUAACCAAUGAUGAGGCAUAAUCUUUGAAUUUCUGUAAACUGAAGCGAUGCUUCGUGGUUAGUUUAGGCUCUUAAACUGCACUUACAUAUGCUUUGCCACACAGAGCCAGCCCACCAGAAUCUGCCCUGUGGCAAGGAAUACUCCAGGGUAAGUAAUUACAGAGCAAUUCCAAAUAUUCAGGUACUUGAGAAGCAUGUUGUUAAAAAUCUAAGAUAUCAAAGCAGUCUUUGGCUAGAAACCUUUCACCUUUUGUUGCGAGCACAACCCAAAAUGACGAUAUUCAAGAGGAGGACCUGUGUAACUGAAUUUUGCUCCCUUGUUGUACUCAUUUGAUUAAUACAAAACCAAUGAAAAUGUGUCAUAUGACUUGUGUGAAAUGCCAACUGACUAUAAUUCAUUUAACAGGAAAAAAAAAAAGUAUAAUUCUAUGUGUAAUAAACCAGAAAUUCCAAAUGCUGCUCUUGGCCUGUUUCAAGUUGCUGAGCUUGGCAUUGUUCUCCAUGCUGGAGUGUUUGGGUUUUUUUAAUUUGCAAUGUCUUCAGUGUGGGCAUGUGAAGUUUUUUUCACCUCUCUCAACUUCUGAGCAGAUAAGUACGUUUAAGCUAUCUGUGUUUUGGCAGCUUAUUGCAAGUCCGUGAAUGACAUGAUAUGGAACAGUAAAGGUGUCUUGUUGGGGUCAUAAUCGAUAGGAAUAGCUGGAAAUUGUAGCAGAGCAAGUGGCAUAUUCCACAGCAAAGGCACUAGCUACGGGUAGCAAAGGAAACUCUUUGGUCUAAUAAAAUGAUAUGAAGAAAAUUACACCUUAACACUCAGAAGUGCAGUUUCUCACAGAAGUAAAUGUGUGUUGAGAUUUUCACGUCAUUUACAGAAAGCUCUUGAAGAAAGCCCAGCAGCACUGCCCACGAGGUUAUAAAUGUUUCCAGAUACUUUAAAAUUGGCCUUCUGUCAAAAACAAAAGGAUUUUUUUUUUUUUUAAACAGAAGAAUGAGAAAGUUCUGAUGAAACACCAAAAUAUUUAGAAAAUGGCAAAGAACUUGCUAAUAUCUGACUUGAAAUAGGAGCACUUCCAUGCACUCCUGGAGCUCUCAGCAGUCCACAGGAUGGGGUUGGAAGUUGAACUGAUGUCUUUCCCAUCCAAAAUAAGAAACAGAGGUUCAGGUUAUUGUAGGAUACCAACAAAUACUUGACUCUCCUUGGAACACAGAACUGGCACCAGCUCUCUCAGAAGCUUCACCUGAGCUAGAGGUGUGUCCAGAGAACCUGCUGACAACCAGCCAGGUGGCCUGGGAAUUUCAGAAGUGAAAACACAAGUGCCAGAGCUGCACCACAGCAGCGACAGGGUGAUUCAAAAUCAGAAUUUCCACUAUAAUCUCUACAUUUAGGUAGUUAUGAAUGCCACUUCCCAUGCUAAUAAGAACAAGCUAAAUUUAAAAGCCAUCUUCUUCUGCCAUAACUGUGCUCCUAAAAUCAGAAACGGUGAAUGUGUAGGGAUUAUACACGAAUCAAAUAUUUCUCUAAUUUGUAAUUUAGUUGUAAUAACAAUCUCACUUUUAAUGUGUUCUUAAUGAUUAUUAUACUUUUCUUUUGUAGUCUCUGGUUUCUCUCAAAAUGGACGUGUCAAACCAAGUGUCAGAGUAAGAUCAUUUGUGACCUUUCUAUUGCCUAAUGAAGUGCAGCUGUGUACAUGAAAUAAAAUAUUUCAGUGAAACAA